AGGGAGGGAGGCUGGGCGGGCGAGCGAAGCAUCGAUCGCUGGAUGGCGAGGGCUCCCUCCCUCCCUCCCGGCCGGGGCGGGGGCUGCCGUCGGGGCGUCACCUGCAGGUCGCCUAUAUAAGGCGCGGGAGGCGAUGCCGGCGCUAAGAGCGGAGCCGGCCAGGCAAGCGAACGCGGCUCAAUCAGACGCUCCGGAGGCACCAGCGCUCGGCUCGGCUCGGCUCAGCGGUCCGCGCCGUCGAAGCUUCUCUCUCUCUCUUUCUCUUUCUCUCUUUCUCAUUCGCUUUCUCUUUCUCGCCCAGCCGGUUCUUGGUUUGCGCCGCCCAGGGAUGUUGUGCUCCCGUCUGGCGGCCAGCGGGCUGCUGCUGUUGCUACUGGCCCUGCUGCCUCUCGCCCUCGACGGGAAGCCGGCGCCACCGCCGCCGCUGCUGCACAAGGCUCCGGCGGGCGGCACGACGGCGCUGCGGGGGGAGCUGACGGAGCAGCCGGAGGGGUCGUCGGGGCCCGCGGUUGGCGGCGGCGGAGGAGGAGGAGGAGGCGGCGGGCGCAGCGGCUCCAAAGCGGCCAACGCAGCCCCGGUGCCACCGAAGAGCAAAGGCGGAGCGGCGGCGGCGGCGGCUGCCUCGCGGCUGAUGCGGGAUUUGCGCCCCGACAGCAAGCAGUCGCGGGCCGCCUGGGGCCGGAUGGUGCACCCCGAGCACCACGCAGCAGGAGGAGGCGGAGGAGGCGGCGGCUCGCGUCGUCUGAAGGGGCUGCCCAAGAAAGGGCUGGGCAAGGGCUGCUUCGGCCUCAAGAUCGACCGCAUCGGCUCCUACAGCGGCCUGGGCUGCUGAGCCGUCGAGGCCGGCCCGAAGGCGACACCUGGCGGCGGUCUUUGAAGGGACACACCCCACCCCAUCCGCGGACAUUUCUGGACAUCCCCUGCAGUCACCCAGGGCCCCACUGGCGGGACCCGAAGGGCCACACAGCCUGUUUCCGGUUGGUACGAGGACCUGACGCCAAAACAACUAUUUUAAGUGGGAGGGAUCCGGGUAGGGUUGGAUUGAGUUUUGCACCCCCAAAUCAUCUUAUCUUACCCAAUAUAUACAUAGACGCCAUUUAUAUAGACACCAACACACCCACACAAAAACACAACCAACACACCCGCACAACUUCUUCCCCCAUGACAAAGGACCGUUUCUUGGAGACUGAGAAAAACCAGCUGUGUUAUGCCCUCCCGAUCGCUGUUUGUACAUUCGUGUCACGCAUAAAUGUAUUUAAGUUGUAAAAGCUAUUUAUAUAUUGUUUAUAAAGAGAUAUUUAUAAGAAAACAAAAUUUUAUUUAUGUAAACGAAAUGAAAAGGGGCCGAGCAUUGUAACUUCUUCUUUUUAUUUCCCCUCUCAUCCUGAAUAGCUGGAAGAAAACAAAACAACACAAAAAAAAACCCCCCACAAAAUUCUUCAUGUAUGAUGGGUAACCUUGUCUUUGUUUGGAAUCCGAUGCAAAUCUUUCUUUUUCUGAAAUUGAAAUUGUGGGUUUUGGGACAAAGGCUUUAGAUAACCGCGGAUAAGAGUAAAUGAAUUUGUAAAAAAAAAAAAAGAUGAAGAUGCACGCUAUGGUUUAAAAGGACCCGCUGUUCCGCUUGUCGUUUUUAACAAAAAUUACAACCAGUUUUCAAAAAGUCCCGCACAAAUAAAAUCACUAGACUGGA